AUGGCCGACGUCGAUAGAUACCUCGCUGACAAAUAUUUUGACUGGUCGAAUCCCAGGGCAUUCCGAAGUCCCGAGCAGUUGUAUCGCCUAGUUAGGAGGGAGGGGAAACAUCGCAUAGGUCUCCGGAGGAUAAGACAUUGGUUACAGAGACAGGAACCCUACAGCCUAAACCGACCUGUACGUCGGCGCUUCCGUCGCCAGCAAAUACUUACCGCCGGGCUAAACAAGGAGUGGGAUUGCGACUUGAUGGAUGUGUCGAACCUCAGUGCCGACAACAGGGACGUGAGGUUCCUACUGAUAUGCAUCGACGACUUUAGUCAAUAUCUGAUGGUCGCCCCGCUAAAGAACAAAACGGCCGAUUCCGUGAUAGCGGGAUUCGAUAAGGUGCUCGGGGAACGGACGAUGGUCAAGGUCAGAACAGACCGAGGAGCGGAAUUCUGCUCCCGGAAGUUGGAGGCGUACUUCCGCCGUAAGGGGAUAGAACACUUCGUCACGGACAAUGAGGUUAAAGCAGCGGUAGCGGAAAGGGUGAUAAAGACGAUAAGAAACGGUCUCUUCCGCUACAUGAACCAUAAGCAGACCCACCAAUACCUGGACGUUCUCCCCGAGAUCGUCAAGAGCUACAACCAGACUCCGCAUUCCGCGUUGCACGGGAUGGCGCCUGCAGACGUCACAGAGGAGAACGAAGCCGAGGUCAUGCUGAAACUCUACUAUCCCCAGACAAAGAAGAGGAAGACAACACGUGUUAAAAAAGAAGUAAAAAAACCAAAACUCCGAUCGGUAUUUAAGUUCAAGGUUGGCGACGCAGUGAGGAUUUCACACCUGAGGCAAGCUUUCACGAGAACAUUCCACGAGACCUUUACUGGGGAGAUAUUUACGAUAGCUGCUCGGUUUUACAAACAAAACAUUCCAAUCUAUAAACUAAAGGAUUACAAUGGACGGGAGAUUAGCGGGACGGUGUACGAGAGCGAGCUACAGAGAGUUAUUGACCCGGAAAGUUUACAAUACCGCAUAGAACGCGUCCUGAAGAAGAGGUUACGUAACAGGAAGAAACAGUUACUCGUUAAGUGGAUGGGUUGGCCGAGCGAUUAUAAUAGCUUGAUAGAUGCCGAUGCGGUGAGAGACAUAUGA